AUGAAUGCAACUUAUGAUGAUAAGCUGUGGAUUCAGUCAUCAAACAAUUUAGUGGUUGGAAGACAUUACAUCCUUUCGGCCACUUAUUCUGGGAUAUUGUUAGAUGACAUGGUUGGAUUCUACAGAAGUUCUUACAAAGAUGCUAACAAAAAUAUACGAUGGCUUGCAGUAACUCAGUUCCAAUCUGCCUUUGCUCGAAGAGCCUUCCCAUGUUUUGACGAACCGAAACUCAAAGCUACCUUUAAUAUAUCCAUCAUUCACCCUCAAGAUGUCCAUGCUCUCAGUAACAUGCCCGUAAUGUCUACACAAAUAUAUAACCAAACUGUGGGUCUAAUUAAAACGACAUUCCAAAAAACUCCUAAAAUGUCCACAUAUCUGAUUGCGUUCGUUAUAUCCGAUUUUGCCGGGAAGUUUAUAAACAACACACAAUUAACCCCCCGAAUUGGGAAACUGUAUGAGGUUGCUAUUCCUGACUUUUCGUUUGGAGCUAUGGAAAAUUGGGGCCUUAAUACCUACAGAGAGAGUUUACUGCUCUAUCACCAGAACGAGUCGCCAUUUGCUACUAGAGCAUCAAUUGCAACAAUUAUGAUGCACGAAGUAGCUCAUAUGUGGUUUGGAAAUUUGGUAACUUGUGACUGGUGGUCGUUCCUUUGGCUAAAUGAGGGAUUUGCAAACUACUUUCAAUACUUUGGAACAGCAGGGGUUGAAACCGGAAUGGAUCUGGAUAAAUUAUUUGUAGUGGAACAAGUGCAAGACACUUUUGCAAGUGAUUCCUCAACUUUCUCCCCAUCUCUUAACGCAAACUGCUCCACAGUAAGCGAAAUCGAGGAUAAAUUCGAUGGACUUAGUUACAAGAAAGGAACCCCGGAACAACUAUACUCUGCUUGGUCAAAUUACUCUCAAUCCUUGCCAGCAGGAUUAUCGUUAUCGACCAUUUUAAAAAGUUGGACUGAUGUAGGAGGUUUCCCUCUGGUGAAUGUAUCUUUAUCUGGCAAUAACGUAGUCAUAUCACAGAAACAAUUUCUAGCAGAUCCUUCGGAAUCAUCCAACAGUCAAUGGUACGUACCCCUUACCUAUACCACCUCCCUUGAACGGAAUUUCGACAAUACAACACCGUCUCGAUAUUACCGAGUGACUUACGACGACGGAUUAUGGUCCCAAUUAGCAAGCGGAUUACAAAAAAAUAAUUUCGACGGCAUCCCAGAUUUAAACAGAGCUCAAAUAGUAGACGACCUUCUAACAUUAGCAAGCUCGAGGCAGAUUUCCUAUUCAAAAGCCUUAAACAUAAUUUCGUUCCUUUCAAAGGACACCAGCUAUUACCCAUGGUACUCUGCAUUCGGAUCCUUUUCAUAUUUGAGAGAAAGGUUUCUAACUCAUCCUACUCUUGGAAAGCCCUUUAAGGAUCAUCUGUUGAAACUAAUGGAUUCAGUUUACAAAAGCGUUUCAUUCGCAAGAAAUUCUUCAGAAUCAUACGUGGAGGUCCAGAAGAAAGAACUGGCAUUGUGGUGGGCUUGUUAUUUAGGGCACACUGACUGUAUACAAAAAUCCCAGGACCUGUAUAAGUCUUUAAGGAAUAAUAACAGAGCUGUCAACCCGGACAUUAGAAGUGUGGUGUACUGUACCGCUUUGAGAUAUUCUAAUGACUCUGGCGAUUGGUAUUUCUUAUGGAAUAAACUAAUACAAGAAACUCUGGCAUCAGAAAUCAUUCUAAUCAUAAAUUCCUUAGGAUGUUCCAAGAAUGAAACUUUACUCGAUGAGUACAUAACCCAAACUUUAAACUCUUCGGCUGGUAUAAUACGAAACCAAGACAUUGGUUCAGCAUUAUCAUCAGUUAGCGGAAGUAACCCCGAAGGAAUUGAAAUCGCUUUCAAUUACGUAAAGAACAAUUAUCAAUUUCUUAUUGAUUAUUCCAACGAUACUUCAACAGUACUAGGCAUUUUAGCUAAUGUAGCAAGCAGGAUGACCAACGAAACUCAAAUUCAAAAGGUGAAUAUAUAUUUCUAG